AUGGACGAGGCGAUUGUAGUCCUCUCGGAUGAUGAUGAUGAUGAGGACUGUAUUAUGAUUGAGGAAACGACGAAUGUGACGGCGGGAAAUUUGGAGAAAUUGUACUCCGCGAGCUUUUCCAUCGUCGACGCAGUGAAUAAGGAUGCAAUUCCAGCUGCGGCAAAAACAUGGCUGGAUGAGGGAAUGCUCAAUCUUGACGAAAUGAUCCGUCAGAAUCAGACGAGCUCAUACUCGUUGUGCUCAAGCUCACAAGAGAAUACUGACAUAAAUGUCGUGGCGAGACCCGAAAAACGGAAACUAACCGACGAUGAGAAGGAGACGCAGAAAGAACUCCGAGAAAAUGCGAAACGAGCUCGGGAAGCUGAAAAAGAGAGAAAAACGCUGGAAAAGGAUAAAAAAAAGAGCGAAAUGGCGCGGAGAAGAGAGGAAAAAGAGAAAGACAAGGAAACUCGAAAAAUCGAACGCGAAAUUUCGGCGGCAACCAAUUCGAAAUGCGAGCUCUACACGUUUUGCCACGUGGGGAAGACUGUAAUUGACACGUGGCAUGGCCUCGAAGCGGAACUCAGUGUACUGUACGUGGAGCGAAAAAUCGAUAAUCAACUGAAAAUCGAUACAUCACUGGGAACCCGCAUCGAAUGGCGACGAAAAUGUGUCGAAUUGCGUGAAGAUGAUAGCGGGAGAAGUGAACGAUUUGAAUAUUCUUCAACACAAAACUUGUUCGCUGUCGUGGUUCCGGCGGAGACGUUGAAAGACGUAAUUUCCUCGAAUACGCUCUCCGAUUUUAUCAUUGAGCAAAAAUCCGGAUUUCAAAACGGUGGCCGCUGCACAAUGCUCAUCGUCUCAUUCGGCAGGGCAGAAAUUGCGAAAAAGAAGAAAUUGCACAAUUUAUCGCUGCAAAUCUACGAGCAACAUCGUGCACAAAUUGUGCAAAUCGAAACGAUCGCCGAGCUGGCACUAUUCACUGCUCAGUACUUGAGAAGUUUGGCGAGACAGGAGAAGAAGAAGCUCGACGCUGGAAGUGAUGGGGGCGGUGGUGGUGGUGCAGGAGGGGCAGGAGGCCACAAAUUACAGUAUCAGGGGGAUAAGGGAAUUGUGAUCGGAAGUCGCUCGGAAAUCGUCACGGAUUGGUGGUCGAAAAUGCUCACAACAAUCGAUCGGCUGUCGGAUGCUCAGCGACGUGCAAUUCUCGAACUAAUCCCUGAUCCGAUUGCCGCAAUCGAUAAAUACUCGAAAAUGGACUACUCGCUCGCUAUUCAAGAGAUUGGCGAACUUGUGGCAGAGAACGGGAGACGUGUUGGACCGUCGAUGGCUCAUCGUAUACUUACAAUGCUCACUGAUGAAACUGGAAAUUCUGUUGUCGAAUAAUAUGAUACUCACUUUUUAAUUAUCGAUUUUUUAUUGAUUUUUCUUGUGAUUCGUGGAAUAAAAAACUCGCUC